ACCAGUGUGUAUGAGGAAAUUACAAUACAUAAUAUCAACGUACAUAAAAAUGUAUUUCACUGGAUUGUUCACAUGGCUUUCUUUUUUGCUGAUAAAAAUUACUUCUAACGAUUUAGAGCCAGUGGAUCCACUUUGCUCAAAGUCACAAGGACACACUCGAUGUUGUGCUGGAUAUAGAACAAUAAAAGAUAAGUGUCACCCAUGCAAUGGAUCAUUUGGAAUUGAAUGCAGCAAUACAUGUCCAGAGGGAUAUUUUGGAAAUCAAUGCGAAGAUAAGUGUUUUUGUGACAGAUGUGAUGCAAGAACAGGGGAAUGUUACAAUGAAACCACAUCAAUCAAUAAUAGCCAAAAUGGAAAGGAUAAGGAAAGGAUAUUGAUUCCAUGGACAGGGAUCCUACUAGGGCUAUUGGGAAGUAUAGGAUCCGUUGCUGUUCUUUUCUCAGUUCUUUUUCUUAAGGAAAGAGAGAAACUUCUACGAAGAAAGGCUAAACAAGAUGAAGACACAGAAGGGAACGAAUAUACAGACCAUGAAUUAGAAGAAGACAAUUAUGCCAGUGUAAGAGAGUCUCGAAUGGUUUUGGACGAAGAAGGGGCUUGUGGUGGACUAAAAAUAUGUAAAGCAUUGGAAGAUGAUAAUAAAGAAAAGACCUGGACAAUGCUUAACCCGUAUGAUGGAUUAAGUUUCAACAUAUCAUAGAACUGGGACGAAAUAUUUUAGAAAUAAUGAAAAACACAAUACUUCUUAGAAGACCUGAAUUAUUGGUCGAUAGAUUGUAUGUUGUUUUAAGUCUCAUUUUUGUCGACUUGGAGCAAUUGCGGUCGCGUUUGGAACAAUUGACAUUCUGAUUACGAAAUAAACUUGACACAUGAAGGUUGCAUCUGACGAAAAGUACUCUUUUGAAUUUAGUGAUUUAGAAUAGAGCGAUUAGACACACAAGCAUUUACAAUGGUUGCUUAUACUUAUCUAAAUGAAGUAGAUUUAAUGAUAGAUUGUAUUUAGUUACACGAUCCUUGCAUCGACCAUAUUAUUUGCAAAAUGUGGAUUUUAAAUAAAAUUGUUGAUACCAUUGUUCUAUCAAUUUAUUUUGUCAAUGGCUUGCCCUAUUUUAGAAAUUGUUUGUGCGUCGAUCAUGUUUAGCAUAUUAAGUCAAAUGUAGAUAUAAACUUCAUACGCAGAUGAUAAUUGUAUAAUGCUAUCAAAAUAAGGGAGAAAAUUUUUUGUUUCUGGUAAAAAUUUAAAAACAAAAAAAGAGUCUAUAUUUUUAACUGUAAAGUCCUAACUGAAAAAAUUUAAUUAAUAAAAAGCUAAAAUUGUUUCAAAAAUGAUUUCAGGAAGUGCUAUUAACGGUCAUGCGAUUUCAGUAUGUAACGGAAUAAUAUGGACAGAUAUAGGAAGAUUAUCGAAAAUAUAAUUAAUUUCCCAUUCUAUCAAGUGUUUAACGAUUUUCAAAGUAAUUUGUGUAAAAGUGAAUUAUUGCAUUACUGUAGAAAGUGUAAUUAUUUGUAAACCAAAAGAAUAAAUAUCAACAAAU